AUGCAAACAAAGAAAUUAAUAACACCGCUGAUCUUCUGUUCAUCGUUUGUCCUCCAUUAUUGCGGAUCAAGCGACACAAAAGAGCUGACAGAACAGUUUUACGAGGAUAUGAAAACCAGGCCGAUCAUCACAUAUCAAUGCUACCACAGCACGGUCACCAAUGAUCCACCAGGUUCCGCAAAUUUUACGAUUCUUUGGGAUUGGACAAAUAAGCAGACGCCGGAGGCCCACGGUAUCACAUGGUCCGCUAAAACAAAAACGCCUAACUCAUACACACGGGACACAAUUAGGACACAUUAUGAUGCAGUCACUGGUGUCGGGAACAUCAACACUUCAACUGUUCAGGAAGAGUUGACUGUUUUGCUGCCUUUCGUAGGCAAGGUACUUCAUGAAAAGAUCGUUCUUACAAGCGAAAACAAUACUCUGGCGAACAAGAUAUAUGACGUGGAUUUCGAAUGUAAAAAUGCCAAGAAACUUUUGAAGAAAAUUUGUCCUCAGCCCUGCAACAUGAUUUUGUCUUGA